AAGAAUAUGUGAUUCUGUUCCAUUCUGUUUGUAGUUUGUUUGUUUGUUUUUCCGCGAGCAUUGCCACUUUUCAUUUCACUGCACAUCUCGUAUGUGUAUGUGACGAAUAAACUUGACUUGACUCGAGUAUAGAAAUAAAUUAUCUGACAAUAUGCCUGUGGCGCUGUGGAGGCAAAGUCAAUGGAUUUUUUUUAAGGCUGAGAUAGAUUCUUGAUUAGUUUGGUGCAAGGGGUUAUGGAGAGAAGACAAGAGAAUAGGGUUAGGAGGGAGAUAUAGAUCAGCCACAAUUGAAUGGUGGAGUAGGCUUGAUGGGCCGAAUGGCCUAAUUCUGUUCCUAUCACAUGACUGUAUGACCUUAUGAGUGUAUGUGAUUACAGAAAAUUCAACAGACGAAGGACUGAAAUACUUGGAGUAACUCAGUGGGUCAGGCAGCAUCUCAGGAGAAAAAAGGACAGGAUGGGGAACAUAAGUGGAUUUUUAAAGAUAUGGAAGCACAGUGGAGAUUUCGGAUUUAUUUCCCAGUCUAAAAUUGAGCCAUUCUUUCCCCAAAUACAAUAUCUCCAUUGUAAUCAUACUGCAGAGACAACACCGGCAAUUCCUAAUUUCAGCAAAGUAAUACUUUGUUUAUGACAAUCAAGAUGAUAUUUAGCAGUUACAUACUCCAAAUAAUCAUUGCUCUUUCUGGAUUGUUUCAAACAGCAAGUCUACAACGACCAGUGUGAAGUCCAACCCGUCUAAGAGACAUCGAGAUCGCCUGAAUGCCGAGUUAGACCAUCUGGCCAGACUCCUGCCGUUUUCACCGGAUAUUAUUUCCAAAUUGGAUAAACUUUCAGUUCUUCGUUUGAGUGUCAGCUACUUUCGAGUAAAGAGCUUCUUCCAAGCCUUGGAAGACACAGAGUUGAGAAAGGAGUCUCAGCAUCUUCUCAGCCACAACACUCGGGAUAAUCAGCCCCCAUCCUUAAACAGGAAUUCAUCACUGGAAGGAGAGCUUCUGCUGGAUGCUAUGGAUGGAUUUGUGCUGCUGGUGAGUGCCGAAGGAAUGGUGUUUUAUGUCUCUCCCACAAUCGUCGACUACCUGGGAUUUCAUCAGACGGACAUGCUGCACCAGAGCGUGUAUGACUUCAUCCAUGUGGACGAUCGACAAGAGUUCCAGACGCAGCUACACUGGGCUAUGAAUCCACCACAGCACUUGUCUGGGCAGGAUCCUCUGAGGCAGGAAGCUAAUGGUGAGGAGAUUCUGAGUUCGUGCAAAGUUUACAGCCCCAAAGUUUUACCACCGGAAUAUUCUCAAUUUCUGAACCGUUGUUUCAUCAUCCGAGUGCGAUGCCUCUUGGACAGUACUUCGGGAUUUCUGACGAUGAAGUUCCAAGGCAGACUGAAGUAUCUCCAGGGACAGAAAAAGAAAGACCGGUCUGGUGUCUCCCUUCCGCCUCAGUUGGGGCUGUUUUGCAUCGCUGUACCUCUGCUGCUCCCUUCCAUCGGUGAAAUGAAGUUGAAUAGCUUGCUCCACAAGACAAAGCACAGGCUGGAUCUCAGCCCAGUGACGCUUGGAGCAAAGAGCAAAGCAAUUGCGGGAUGGUCAGAUGCAGAGCACCGAACAAGAUCGGGUUGCAAUUGCCUCCACUUUACGGAUGUACUGUACCGCGCAGAGAAUCAAAUCCGAAUGAUGAAUACUGGAGAAAAUGGCCUCACCGUCUUCAGGGUGCUCACUAAAGAAGGCCAAUGGGUUUGGUUCCAAGCUAACGGACAUCUGCCCUAUAAAAACAAGUCUACAGAAUAUGCCACAGUGCCUCGAGAGGACCCCAAGGAGACAGACAGAUCUAAGGAAGAGCAUCUCAGGAACCAGUUGGGAACUCACCAAACAGGCAACGCCAAUGGAUAUGUGUACAACAACUGUAGCGAUGUAUCUUUGCAACUAAAACAACUCUACGAGCAGCCACCAGGAAAAGAAGGAAGAGAGGAGAAAUAUGCAAGAAAUGAAGGUGGUGUCAGCCAUAAUGAGCCACUCAAUUUUUGCACAUCAUUUGCCAGACCUGCAAAGGUUCCCAUUGCAGAUGAUUUAUGGGUAUCAGAAUACAGUAGAGGCCCAUCAAAUCUGCACGGUCCAUUGAGACCAGUGGGGAGAAUAAAUAAUGAUCCUGCCCGAGUGGCUAAAGGCUUCUGUGGUAGAAAUAGAUCGCUAACCGAGCCUCAGCUCAGGAAUAACACACUAACCUCCAACUUUCAAAACGUAAUGCAGAACAUCCGGGCUGUCGGAGAGAAGGUGCAGCAGAGCCAACUGUUUGACUUGCACUCCACUGAUCUAGAGAGUUACCCAAUCGAAAGCUGCAAAUCAGAAGAUGUUACGGCACUGGGCAAUCCCAUUAGUCAUAGGUUGAAGGAGCUUCCCACGGAGUAUUGUAACAAUGCGGAAAUGUUCCAAGGAGUGCAAGUCAAAAGCGAGUAUAAUGUGGAACUGCACAAUGGACUAGGUGGGACUGUGGAAUCCUCAAGUCACCUGUGGGUUGACAACGAAAUUGGAAAAAAGAUGGUGGCGAGCUUCCCAAGACAGCCACAAUUAAAUUGCGAUCCCAACACAUUGGAACAAAUAUCACCCUGUGAGAAACUGAAUGCUCACCUGCCAUCUCCACUCUGUGGAGCCAGCACAGCCAGGGGCAGUGGCCUGUGGCUGGGGGGCAGUGGUUGCAAUCACAACAGGCCUUCCAAGCAAGGAAUGGACAUGGUUCACUUCAGUUCACAGAAAGACACCCAUUCCCACUGUUCUCACAGUGAUCAGCAAACAGACUAUUUGCAAACACAUGCAUUUCCACGCCAUAGUAUCCAGGAUAAGGGCCCAGGCCAGGUGGAAUACAAAGUACCACUGCAGUUCAAAGGCCAUGAUCUCAUCCAUACUGUCAUUAAACAAGAGCCCUCACCCUCUCCUCCUUGGUCUUGUGGCAAUCCGCACAACGUACAGGCAGGCCUGCAGAAAAAUAUGCCCCACUGUUUGAUCAAUCAACUGACUCAUAAGAUUACACAAAAUGCGUAUUUGUAAUUUUUUAUUGAAAACAGAAGAAACUGUUGUGGAUUUUUCAAAAAUGCUUGGCUCAAAAUCCUAACGUUCUGAUAUGUUGCCCCGUUGUUUAGUUUGCGAAUUUUAUGAGAGAAUUUUAUGACAAAUUGGUUAAGACAAUAUUACAUAUGAAAGUUCAAUCUUGGGCACAUGAAAAACAUUCAGCUUUUUAUAGCCAGCCUUGUUUGAGGAAGAUGCUGUCAGAAGAACAAGAACUCACCUCUCAUUGAUAGAAAUCACAGAAAUGUUUGCAGGAACAUUCAACAUUGAACCACAUGUUUGAGCAGGUGAUCAAUGCUUGGGCUAAGAGAAAGGUUUAAAAAAAAGAUAGCGGGGCAGAAAAAAAUUAGGGAGGGAAUUCCAGAUCUACGGAACAGAACUUUUGAAGAAACAGCCGCCUCUGAAAAUAGAAUAUAACCUGGUCAAGUUAAAAGAUGCAUUAUGUUCAAGUGGUCUAGCAACUGAGGAGAUUUAAUUAAUUUUUAUUAUUUUCCAUGGAGUUCCUGCUUUUGUCCUUGAGGCAGAAGCUCAGUGCUCUCCAAAAUCCACGCUUGGUGGUCUGUACUGUUAACAAACUGAACCAAUGAUAUGUUUUUGCAGUCAUGCCUAAUCUAAUCUAACCAGGACCAUAGAUUUCCAGACAGGAGAGGGUGGCUACAUUUCAUUCUUGUAUGAUGCUUGGUACUAUCACAACAUUUAAUAAAACAUUUGGACAGAUACAUGGAUAGGAUAGGUUUAGAAAGGAUAUGGGCCUUACACAGGCAGGUGGAAUGGUGUGGACAGGGCAUGUUGGUCGGCAUGGACAAAUUGCGCCAAGGGGCCUCCUUCUAUGCUGUAUAACUGUACUGCUCAGCAAGUCCUGCACAGAUCAGGAAUUGUACCUGGAAUCUACUUGACUCAGCAUCGCACCUGGUGUUUUGUUUGGUCCUCGGAUUUACAUUUGAUUGUUAAUGUUGUUAGAAUUUACAGGUGGUCCGGACUACACAGUAUGCAGAAAGCUUCACAUUCUUUCCAAUGGAAUGAAAUAACUGAGUUAUGUUGCCUUGGGAUAAUUUUCUCCAUUAAAAGUUGCUAAUCAAAUACAAGUUCUUGCCAUGUCUAUUGCAUAGAACAGCUUGUGGAUAUGGUACAGAUGUGUAUUGGAUUUCCAUUGUGUCCAACUGUCAUAGGUACACUAACUUUAUUGUUGAAGUAGUAAUCUGAGUGCCUGAAUGCAAAUUUGCAGCUAUGGUGCUCAGGAAAUGGUCAACGUUGUCAUAAACAUUCAUCUGGUUCUUUAAUGCAUUUUAAGAGAAAAGACUUACUGUCAUUCCCUAGUCUGAUCUUAUUGUGGUCCUGGUCUCACAGUAAUAUGUGUUACAUAGAAACAUAGAAACAUAGAAAUUAGGUGCAGGAGUAGGCCAUUCGGCCCUUCGAGCCUGCACCGCCAUUCAAUACGAUCAUGGCUGAUCAUCCAACUCAGUAUCCCGUACCUGCCUUCUCUCCAUACCCCCUGAUCCCAUUAGCCACUAGGGCCACAUCUAACCCUUUUAAAUAUAGCCAAUGAACUGGCCUCAACUACCCUCUGUGGCAGAGAGUUCCAGAGAUUCACCACUCUCUGUGUGAAAAAAGUUCUUCUCAUCUCGGUUUUAAAGGAUUUUCCCUUAUCCUUAAGCUGUAACCCCUUGUCCUGGACUUCCCCAACAUCGGGAACAAUCUUCCUGCAUCUAGCCUGUCCAACCCCUUAAGAAUUUUGUAAGUUCCUAUAAGAUCCCCUCUCAAUCUCCUAAAUUCUAGAGAGUAUAAACCAAGUCUAUCCAGUCUUUCUUCAUAAGACAGUCCUGACAUCACAGGAAUCAGUCUGGCGAACCUUCUCUGCACUCCCUCUAUGGCAAUAAUGUCCUUCCUCAGAUUCGGAGACCAAAACUGUACGCAAUACUCCAGGUGUGGUCUCACCAAGACCCUGUAUGACUGCAGUAGAACCUCCCUGCUCCUAUACUCAAAUCCUUUUGCUAUGAAAGCCAACAUACCAUUCGCUUUCUUUACUCUUGUGUUACUCUUAAUACCAUUCUGAAAAUGGCAAUGCAAACUAUUAGGUUGUUCAUCACCUCUGAAAGCACCUAGGAUGGUUCAUGAAUUUUCAAGAGCGAGUUAGAGUUAGAUUUAGCUCUUAGGGCUAAGGGAAUCAAGGGAUAUGGGGAAAAAGCCAGAACGGGGUACUGAUUUUGGAUGAUCAGCCGUGCUGGCAUAGUAAAUGGUAAUUCCUGCACCUAUUUUCUAUAUUUCUAUGAAUGGCACCUUUAUCAGUGGGAUCCAAGUCCCAUGUAUAUGUACAACAUAUCUUUUCCUAUGUAACAAUUGCAGCAACAACUUGCAUAUUAAUGGCACUUUGUAUUCUCCCAGGAAGAUGAUGUGUUUUUUCUAAGCAACAUAUAUCAACGAAUGUAAAACUUCACAAGAGAAAAUAAGCCCAUUAACCUUUUUGAACACCAGCAUAAGAUAGAAAUACCACAUUCUGUCAACUGAUUAGUAUGCUAGUGCCAUUUUCUAAAUAUAUAACCAUGAUAACACACAUAUAAGAAUGUCAGUAUUUUUUUUUAACAAUAAAUAUUGAGGCAAUAUUAAGGUUGGGAUUUUAUUUUUAAGUAACAUUUCACAGUAAAAUGGUACAUUUUUUAAAUUCAAGUUGAAAAUCCCACCAUGGUAUUUCAAUACGACUUCCCCACAAUAAUUAAUGUAGGCCCAUGUUUCUCCAUCUGUAAUAAUUGCAAAGCCACUGGUAUUAUUAGCAAUUGUACUUUGAAAUUAAGGGUAUGGGAUUUCACGUAGAAAUCUGGAGGUUCACAAUUUAGCCUUCCAAAGCUGGAGCUUUGAGCAGCUUUCUCGACUGGAAUCAAAGAAAAUUAAAUGAAUUGGCAAAAGUAUCCGAUUCUUAUAAACUAGUUUCACCCUGAAAACCAAGGUGUACGUUAACAAGGAUGAGGUAGAGGAUCAGCUAUGAUUUGAUGACCUUCCUUUAUGGAGGAUCAGGCUUGGUACCCCACUUCAAUUUCUAUCUCCGACAUUGUUGUGUUCUUAAGCGUACUUUGCAUGAUAUCUAAAUGAGCAGUAAAUAGCAUGAUGAUACUCACUGAGUUAUUUGGCCACAUAAAAGAAAAACACCACUUUCUACAUGUGGAUUGUAAUUUCCGCAGGAAAUGAAAUCAAAAUAUGGUGUGCUUUAUAAUUUUUAAUAUUUAUUAUAUUGUAGCUUUUACUUUAACAUUCCAAUCUUUAUUUUGCACUCUGCUCAAUGUUUAAAAGAUUUGUUGUUUUUUCUUCCUGGUGUGUUAUUUUUGAGAAUUUGGAAUCUGCAAGUUUGAAGACAUCAUGACUACUGGUAGAAACUGAUGUUUGUAAAUUAUAUAAAUAAGAUUGUUAAGGGUUUGGAUACGCAAGAGGCAGGAAACAUCUUCCCGAUGUUGGGGGAGUCCAGAACCAGGGGCCACAGUUUAAGAAUAAGGAGUAAGCCAUUUAGAACGGAGACGAGGAAACACUUUUUCUCACAGAGAGUCUGUGGAAUUCUCUGCCUCAAAGGGUGGUGGAGGCAGGUUCUCUGGAUGCUUUCAAGAGAGAGCUAGAUAGGGCUCUUAAAAAUAGCGGAGUCAGGGGAUAUGGGGAGAAGGCAGGAAUGGCGUACUGAUUGAGGAUGAUCAGCCAUGAUCAUAUUGAAGGUAUCGAUCGGCUCG